AUGGACACCGUCGGCAUUUGUUACAGAUGCGGCUCGCGCAAGCAUACCCUGUCUCGCUGUAGGGAGUUAGCAGACCCCUCAAAUCCUUUCCCGUUUGCGUCCUGUUUCGUCUGCUCGGGCAAGGGACACCUCGCGUCAGCGUGCCCGCAGAACCAGGCCAAGGGUGUCUACCCGAACGGCGGGUGCUGUAAGCUCUGCAGAGAGACGACCCACCUGGCCAAGGACUGCUCCCUCAGAAAGCAGGAAGUGAUCGCUUCCACCGUCUUCCUCGGCACCGGACGUGAUGCCGGUGCAGACGAGGACGACUUCCACACGUUCAAGCGGCGCAACGCCGAGGUGGACAAGUCGGAAAAGACAGUCGAGCGCGUGAGGCGGCAAGCCGAUGUCAAGAUGGGGGCGCAUACAGGCAUCAUCAAGUCGUUUGGCAAAAAAACAGAGACUGCCGCCGCCAAGAAGGUCGUCCACUUCUGA